AUGUUAAGCAGUAUUUGUCACGAGAUAUGCAAAAUUGAAACAAAUUCAAACAGUGUCGAUUCUCAUAAUGAAUGUGGUUCAUCACGACAAGCUUGUGAUAAUUAUGAACUACAACAGAUGCUCAUAAAAAUAAAACAAGAAGAUAUAUUCGGUGUACAUACUGUGCAAUUUCGUAAACUUUUAUCGGGCAAAAUUAUCCAUCAUGAUAUCAUUGAAAAUAUAUCCACAUCGUUCAUUAGAGGUCAAGAAGCCAUGUUGAAUUACAUAGAAGAUCGUCUCGUGAAAAAAAAUAUUGAUAUUUCAACAACAUUGAAAGGAAUGAGAUUUUUAAAAUUAAGUGAUGCUGAUACUUAUAUAUCUGGAAAACAAACUAAUGGCAAAAAAAGUCGUUUACUGAACAUUCAAUCUAAAGAUUUAUCAAAAGUUUUACAUUCAGUAGAUCGACUUAUGCGUGAUAGUUUCAUUAUUGGUGAACAAAGAGACAUACCAUUGUCAUCUAUAUUUUGUCAUGAAUUUACUCCAGCACCUCUAUCACUAUGCCAGAUAAACAAUUAUAAUAUCAUGAAUCAACAAAAGAAGCAUAUCGCCAUUGAUUAUAUAAGAUCCAUAUUUCCUUCAUCAUUUUCAUCUUCAAUGCCGAACAUUAGUGGUAUAAAAGCUCUAGUAAUAGACGGUGGAACAAUGCUCGAAACGAAACCAGUUGGAAGAUCCAUUACAGUUCGUCAAUAUGCAAAUCAGUUGCUGAAAACAGUAAGAAUGAAUUGA